CUUGUUUCUGCGAACAGACCCCCGCUCCACUCGUUCGGUUAACAGCAAUGUAAGAAAUUGGGGAUCCUUUUCCUUCUCCAUUCCGCGUUAUCUCCGCCGAGGAAUCGAGUGGAACCGGCGAUACAUUGCCUCCUCCUCCUCCUCCUCAUCCACGAAACCCUCCAUCCCUUUCGCAGCUUGCUUGCAGUCUCGUUACAGCUCACUCGACGAUCCUUCCACUCCAAACACGCUCAUCUGUCUCGCGUUGCCUCCCCAGUCGAUCCAUUUCGCGGAGCCCAUCUAUUCGAGGUAGCAUACAAUUCUCAUCAGUGUUUGCUUGUCCUCCCGAUCCCGACGAUCAAAUUGCGCAUCCCAUGUCGGGCUCUUUCGAUCGGUUCGCUUGGCCCUGUUUUGAGGGGCUUUCGAGUCAUGAGGAUCAUAAAGAACGAAAGUCAGAUUUUGAGAACUCAGAAGAUGAAAGGAGGACAAGAAUUGCAUCCUUGAAGAAAAAGGCAAUAAAUGCGUCCACUAAGUUCAAGCAUUCUCUAAGGAAAAAGAACAGGAGGAAAAGCAACACUCGAGUCAAUUCCAUUUCGAUUGAGGAUAUUAGGGAUAUAGAGGAAUUACAGGAUGUCGAUGCAUUCCGACAAUCCCUAAUUCUUGAGGAGUUGCUGCCUGCAAAGCAUGAUGAUUAUCACAUGAUGCUGAGAUUUCUGAAGGCAAGGAAGUUUGAUAUUGAGAAAGCAAAGCACAUGUGGGCAGAAAUGCUCCAGUGGAGAAAGGAAUAUGGCACUGAUACUAUUCUAGAUGACUUCGAGUUUUCUGAGUUAAAUGAAGUACUUCAGUACUAUCCUCAUGGUUAUCAUGGUGUGGACAAGGAUGGAAGACCCGUUUACAUUGAAAGGUUAGGAAAAGUUGAUCCCAACAAGCUUAUGCAGGUUACAACCAUGGACCGAUACAUUAGAUACCAUGUAAGGGAGUUUGAGAGGAGCUUCUUAAUCAAGUUCCCAGCUUGCUCAAUUGCUGCAAAAAAGCACAUAGAUUCAAGUACAACAAUUCUUGAUGUUCAGGGUGUGAGUUUAAAAAAUUUCAGCAAGACAGCCAGAGAACUAAUUCAAAGGUUGCAGAAAAUUGACAAUGAUAACUACCCUGAGACACUAUUCCGGAUGUUUAUCAUCAAUGCUGGCCCCGGUUUUAGGUUGCUAUGGAACACAGUAAAAUCCUUUCUUGAUCCAAAGACUACUUCAAAAAUUUAUGUUCUUGGAAGCAAAUACCAAAGUAAGCUGUUGGAAGUAAUUGAACUUAGCGAGUUGCCAGAGUUCCUUGGUGGUUCUUGUAUAUGUUCUGAUCUGGGUGGAUGCCUUAAAUCUGAAAAGGGUUCAUGGAUGGAUCCAAACAUACUAAAGAUGGUUCUUGGUGGCGAAGCACAGUGUGCUCGGCAAGUUGUUACUGUUUCUAAUGGUGAGGGAAAAGUUAUUGCUCAUGCCAAGCCACAAUAUACAGCAAUAAAGAGUAGUGAUACAUCUACUGCUGAGUCUGGCUCAGAAGCUGAAGAUGGUGCUUCUCCAAAGGCAGCAAGGAGUUAUCUAUCAUAUCCUCAUUUGACCCCCGUACAUGAAGAGGUAAAGAUUGUGAAAGCAGACAGGUUUUCUGCUGGCUUUCCACAGUGUGAUGAGCAUAUUCCCAUGGUAGAUAAAACCGUGGAUGCCGGAUGGAAUAGAGAAGUCUAUAAUCAAAGCCUUGAUGCAUUAAAUGAUGCAGGGGAGUACUCUACAUUGGAAACUCGUAACUCAUCCAGUGGAAUCCGAGCUCAAACAAUAGCAGUGUUGAUAACAUUCUUCAUGACCCUUGCUGCACUUAUUUGUUCAUUAACUAGCCAUGUGAAGAGGAGAAUCCAGGAGAAAACUUCUGGGACAAGUCAAAAUGAUUCUUCAGUUUCUGUGGAACCAUUGCUUCAAGAGGAAUUCCACCCCCCACCUGCUCCUGGUUUUACAGAAUCUGACUUUUCAUGCCUUCUAAAAAGGCUCAGUGACUUGGAAGAAAAGGUGAAUGCUCUUCAAUCAAGGCCAUCUGAAAUGCCUUUGGAGAAAGAGGAGUUACUUAAUGCUGCUGUUCAUCGUGUCGAUGCAUUAGAAGUUGAGCUGAUUGUGACCAAAAAGGCUUUGCAUGAAGUUCUUAUGAAGCAAGAGGAACUUCUUGCAUACAUCGACCGGCAAGAGGAGGCUAAGUUCAGGUUCUGCAGAUGAAAAUGUUCUGCAUUUGAAAGAAGAGCGUGCAGGGAUUCAGUUCAGCGUCUUUAUCUGUUCAUGGGAUAUAUCUACUGAAGGCAUGUAUUACAUGUACGGAGGACCAGCAGCUGAUAAAUGAUUAUCGAGGUUACCUGAAUUGUUAGAGGCAGAUAGUAUAAGUCUGAUAAAUAAAUAACGUUGCACGAUAUAUGAUCUAUCAUUUGCUUA